UCCGCCUCGCGCCUUGUUAUUUAACGUCAUUGCGUCACCGGAGAGGACGUCCGACGAAUCACCCAGAAGGAAGGGAAAAAAGAAGCUAGGAAAAAAAGUUUUAAGUUUGUUUUUGGGGGGGGGUUCGUUCGCCAAGUCGGAACCAUGUCUCUGGGCGACUGUUGGAAGCAGCUGUCCUGGUUCUACUACCAGUACCUCCUGGUGACGGCGCUGUACAUGCUGGAGCCCUGGGAGCGGACGGUGUUCAACUCCCUGCUCAUCUCCGUGGCCGGCAUGGCCGUGUACACCGGAUACGUCUUCAUGCCGCAGCACAUCAUGGCGAUCCUACACUACUUCGAGGUCGUCCAAUGACGGGCGAGUCCCCUCCGUCCGCCCCACGGGUCUCGUCUCUCCUCCAUCUACCCCGCCCGUCUCCCGGGCUCUGAGGUUGGAAGGUCGUCUCUGACCGGGUGGAGGCGGAGCUUCUCUCCUUCUUUUUUUUGGUGCAAUUUCUACAUCGAAAGUCAGCGCUCUGAACAUCGUGCUUGAGGUCACGUUGGACUGUUUCUCUCCUCACUGAAAUAUUUGUGAUUUAUUUUUAUAUUUUUUCGUGAGCAGCGUUGGAGGCGUGGCCUUUAAGUGUGCUUGGUGCUUUUCAUUUUUUAUUUUAAAUCAAGCGCACUCUACCGUUUUUCUUUUUAAUGUGACUCCACGGACGUCUGGUUGUGUGGAGCGGUUGGACUUUUGCAGGGUUUUUUUUAUCGCAUUAAGAUGUAAAAAAACAUUCUCUUUUUACUCCAUUUUUUUAUUUUUAUGAGCUGAAUCUGAUUUUUGUUAAAACAAGUUGUCAGAAGCGUCUUUUUAAAGGAACGACUUCAGCCAUUUUCCAACACUAGAGAGUGAGAGAGAGAACGAGGUUAAAGCUUCAAUCUGGACGGAGUGUGUGUGUGUGUUGGGGGGGUUAAGGGUGGCAUGGUAACCAAUCACACCUGAUAUCUGUCUCGUAUUUAUUGUAAGUAAAUCCGGAAGUUUCAGUCAAGCAGCUUUUGCUCCGACACUAAACACACAGCAGCGCCGACCUUUGACCCCCCUUCCCUGUGAAUGGUGUAUUUCGUUGGAGCGUCUGUCCUGCGGGGUUGAAGGUGUGACGUUGACCCCGUUACCUGUAACACCUGAGGCUUCAUGGCCGUCUGCGUUGGAGCUCGUGGAGGAGGCGAGCUCUCAUUCCAGAGGCCAGAGAACCUCCUGUGAGUGUCCUUUGUUCUUUUUAAAUGCCACUGAGAUGUAAAGCCACACGCGCGGAGGUGGCGUCCUCUUUGUACAGAAAUAAUUCCAUUUUAAUGUACUUUUAUGAUUGAAUUUUUUUUUUGGGUGAUUUAUUUCUUUGAAAAAAAAAAAAAAAUUUCCCUCCCUUGUGUGUAUAAACUUGUAUUUGUAAAGUUGGUGUCGUCGGCGUAGACGAGAUACGGAUGCUAAACACUGUUCUGUGAUCAUUAAAGGGAUGCUUCACUCUGUUUGAA